GAGACGUCCUCACGUGUCACAGGCCUGUCGCGUUCUCCUUACAGACCAUCUCCACUAAACUCAACUUUUGUCGUUGGUCUCAACAAACCUCUUAUGGAUACUGACCCAAGGAUAGAUGCAGCUUGUAGCUUCCUUCUUCAGGCCCCUCCAGGAGAAAUCAACGAUGUCUUGAACGAUGUACGAAACAUAAUCUCCGAUGACGAACUACUUCAGGAUGGAGUGCUACCGGCAUUAAGGCAGUACAAUUUGGAACAGUUCAUCACUGUGGAUGUCCCUGGGACAGAUCAUCAAUCUGUGAUAAGUGAAGCUGCCCGGCUACCGGUUUCGGACGAUGGAGAGGAAAGAUGGCUCGAUCCACGUUCUAAGACGAGUUUUGCUUUCAACCAUUUGACUUUGGAAGCAGACGAUCCUCAACCUGUCGAGCCGAACGAGAACUAUGAACCCUUGCGUUCUGCGCUGGAAAAAUCAGCGAUUAGCUAUCUCGCUGCUCAUUUUCACGAUGGGGUCUGUUCCGUUUUUACACCGAGAGAGCCCGCCAAUAUCUUCACCUUACAAGUCGUAGCGAACAAGUACAAUCCGACAAACUUCUGGUCUGGGCGAUGGCGAUCGGAAUACAUCAUCAAUCUUGACGUGAAUACACUAGAAGGAAAAAUCUUCGUAAAUGUCCAUUAUUAUGAACAGGGAAAUGUUCAAUUAUCCACGACACACUCGAUAUCGUUGUCCCUCACUUCUGCUAUUGUUACCUCUCCGCCAAGUACUGCAGCAUCCAAGAUUCUUGCGCUCAUUGAAACGGAAGAGAGGAACUAUCAAACCUCGCUGAACGACACUUACCAGCAGAUGUCGGAAAAGACGUUCAAGAGUCUGAGACGUGCUUUGCCGAUGACUAGGCAGAAAUUAGACUGGGAUAAGGUACUCGGCUACAAACUUGGUGCUGAGCUGUCUUCAAGCAAAGGAAAUUUUGGAUCAUCAUAAGAAGCUGCAUAUUCUGUAGUGUACCUCAAAUCCAGACUGGAUCGUUUCAACGCCGUCCCCAUC